GGUGAUUUUCUCUGAGAAGAAAAUGCAUCUAUGAAUGAGCCUUUCUUACUGACACAGGAGUUUUUGGCUGCAGAGAGGGGAUGGUCAGCUUGUCUUCCUGCGUGGGCUGCUGCUUCACCACCAACACAGCCCUGGUGGCUUGGUUUGUUUUGCUGACAGUUGAGAAUGGUACUUCCUGGAAGCAGUGGAUCCCCCGUCUCCGCCUCUCAUAUCAAGACCUGCUCAAAUCAAACAGUUCCUGCCUGCUGUUGGACUCUGAGGAUGACCUGGCAUUCCAGUCACUGCUUGUGGAUGAAAAGAGGUCAUGGCUGAUGGCAGGUGCUAAGGACCACAUAUUUUUGUUGCAUCUUGACAACCCCAAGAAAGAGCCUCAGAAGAUUUUCUGGCCAGCUCCUAGAGAACAGAUGGAACACUGCCGAUUGGCUGGGAAGAAUCCUGAGACAGAAUGUGCCAACUUCAUCCGCUUUCUCCAGCGUUUCAAUAGCAGUCAUGUGUUUGCCUGUGGAACUGGCUCCUACCAGCCCAUGUGUACCUUCAUACAACUCAGUAAGGAACCUGGGAUGCCUGCUAUGCAGCUGGUGACCUCCUCCAUAGAAUCUGGGAGAGGCAAGUGUCCAUACAGCCCCCACGAGCCUUUCAUAGGGCUGCUCAUAGAUGGAGAGUUUUAUUCAGGCACUUCCAUUGACUUCAUGGGGAGCAGUGCUGCCUUCUUCCGGACACAGCUUGACAGAGCUGACCAGAACUAUAUCCGGACAGAACAGAACCAAGAUUAUUGGUUAAAUGAGCCUGUCUUUAUUGAUGCCUAUGCCAUUCCCGACACCUACAGCCACGAAGAUGAUAAGGUGUACUUCUUUUUCCGGGAGACUGCAGUGGAAGCUGGACAAUGGGAGAAAAGGCGCAUCCAUGCCCGGGUGGCGCGUGUCUGCAAGAAUGAUGUCGGUGGAAAGCACAGCCUCAUUAACCGUUGGAGCACAUUCCUUAAAGCCCGGCUGGUCUGCUCUAUCCCAGGGCCGCAGGGCAUUGAAACACACUUUGAUCAGCUGGAGGAUGUCUUCCUUCUAAAUACCCGUAAUGUACAGAAUCCUCUUGUAUAUGGCCUCUUUACAGUGUCCAGUGGCAUUUUUACUGGCUCUGCGGUAUGUGUUUACUCCCUGGCAGCCAUUCGGGCUGCUUUCAGUGGGCCCUUUGCACAUAAGGAAGGCUUGGACUACCAGUGGGUGGAAUAUAAGGGACGCAUCCCUUAUCCCCGUCCUGGAAUGUGUCCCAGUGAAACAUAUGACCCACUCCUCCAGUCAACAAAGGACUUUCCCGAUGAAGUGAUCAGCUUCAUGCGCACCCACCACCUGAUGUGGGAGCCUAUCUAUCCACUCCAUGGGAAACCCAUUCUGAUGAGAGUCAAUGUGCCCUUCCAGAUCCAGCACCUGUUGGUGGACAGGGUGGAGACAGAAGCUGGACAUGUCGACGUCCUCUUCCUUGGAACAGAUGAAGGCAAAGUGCUGAAGGUGGGGAUUGCUGGCAUCGGAGGACAAGACCCUCAGGAGAUUAGCCUGGAAGAGAUCAGUGUUUCAAAGAUGCCUUCAGCCAUCCUAGACAUGCAGUUUUCACUAAAGAGGCAGGAGGUGUUUGUGAGCAGCACCAACAGCCUGGUCCAGCUCUCCCUACAUCGCUGUGAACUUUAUGGCAAAGCCUGUGCCGACUGCUGCCUUGCUAGAGAUCCCUACUGCACCUGGGAUGGCAAGUCAUGCAGGCCCUACCUGCUCACUAAAAAAAGGCGAGCGCAAUGCCAAAACAUACUGAAGGCCAACCGGAUGAGUCAGUGCCAGGAUGCUGCAAAGGGAAUCCCCGUGGCUGAAGAAAAAGUGGUAUUUGGUGUGCAGAACAACUCAACGUUUCUCGAGUGCCUUCCACAUUCCCCCCAGACCUCUAUUCGUUGGCUUGUGCAGCGCAGCAACACAGUAGCCCCGGAGGAGAUUGAGAGCUCCAGCCGCUUCUCAGUCCUACAGCAAGGGCUGCUGAUUAGUCAGCUGGCACGAGAGGAUGCUGGGAUCUACCAGUGCCAAGGGAUGGAGCACGCUUUUUCCCAGAUCCUCACUUACUACAGCCUGCGCGUCAUCGGGCACCAGGCCAUGGAAGCUUUAACCUCCAGGCUCAGCAAAAGUGCAGAAGAAGCCGGAAGUCACCACAGCAUUAUCCCAAUGUCAGAGCUACAGCUUCAUUACAAAGGCUACUCAUGGGCCUUGGGAGCGCCUGGAACCAAUUUGGAUGAGUUCUGCAAUGCUCUCCAGCAAAGGAAGAGGCGAAGGCAAAAGGUCUGGAACCCAAAGUGGCAGCAGCAUCCCUCAGAAAGCAAGAAAGGCCGAGUGCGUCGGCAGCCUGAGCCUCUGUAAGUGAUGUUGAGCUAGCAGAUGGA